GGUAAAAUGGGACACAAGAUGAUUGACUGCCGAAACAGGAAGCAGAGCGCUGGCAUGUCGAGACAGGAUCACCGAGGAAGCCAAUCAUUUCAGCAGCAUUCUAAAGGCAGUAUAACUUGCUAUCGCUGCCAGGAGCAAGGUCAUAUAGCUUCACAAUGCCCCAAAAAUAUGGCAAGUGGUGGAGCUGGAUUUCGGAACGAGAAGAGAGCUGAGCUGUGCGUGGUGGAUGAACCAAAGACAAGUAUGCUGCUACGAGGUGAGAACUUUCCAAUUAUCUUUGACUCUGGAGCAGAGUGCUCUUUCAUUAAAGAGAGUUUUGCUAAAAACAUAAGCGGUAAAAUAAUAAAUAACGUAGUAAGCCUGAAAGGUAUUGGAAAUGCAAAUGUUUGCAGUACAAUUCAAAUCGAUAACAACAUUGUUGAAAUCCUACUCAGAUUCUUUUAUACAGGGAACGCCUCAGACUCGCGUAAAUUCGGGAGAAUGCCAUCUUUGUGGUAA